UGUUAACAAUAACUUGCAAAAUAGAAAUCUUGUUCGUGUUCCUUUGUCCAACCCUGCCUCUCCAAACGCUUCCGCACUCUCGUGGUCACUCACUUCGAAAACCACUAAUGAUACGGCCUCAGCCCAUUUAACAAAAAAGUCAGAUAACAGCCUCAGUACCCUUCCAGGUCUCAAACUGGUUCACCUAAACAUCCGCUCUCUGAAAAACAACGCCCAUUUUUUAGAAUUACGUAAGUUUACCAAAUUUAACAAAAUUGACGUCCUUAUAGUAUCAGAGACAUGGUUAAACACCUCCGUCACAAACAAGGAAAUAGAAAUCGAAGGUUAUAAGCUACAUCGUUUAGACCGACUGCACAAGAAAGGGGGCGGGGUGUGUGCUUACAUACGAAAAGAUAUUAAAUCUCUUGUACUUAAAGACCUCAGUUAUAUCUCCGAGACGAAUUUCCAUCAAUUAUGGAUCAAAUUACAGCACAAAAAAUCUAAAUCACUGUUGGUCUGCGUCUCUUACCGACCCCCAGACAGCCCGCUUGACUGCUUCGAAAAAUAUUUUAAACCUAAUUAUGUUCAAGCUCUGACGAUGGGAAAGUUGAUCAUUCUUCUUGGAGACCUAAACUAUUUAUUCACAAAACGUUCUGACAUUCAUCAACGAGAUACACGUAGCCAUGACUCACUGCAAAUACCAUUGUACAAAACGUCUGCAGGUCAAAGGACUUUUCAUUUUAGAGGCGUUACACUCUGGAAUGAUUUGGACUUUAAGUACAAAAAGUUAGACUCCCUAAAAACUUUCAAAAACGAACUGAAGCGAAUCAUGCUAGAACAAAUAUAUAAGCAGAUAAUUUUACCUUGUUAA